AUGACAACUAAGAUAUUGGUGCUAAACCCUAAUCCAAAUGAGUUAGAUAAAGUAUUAGAGAAAGCCAAUGUACAAAAUUCCAAAAAUGGUCCAUUUGAAGCAACAAUAUUGGUUGGUGACGUAAUACCGAAAGAUAAAGAUUUACCAACCACACAGCUAAAACAAUCAACAUAUUUUGGACAAGGUUAUAACGGAAUAUCAGAUAAGAUUGUAGAGUCAGAAUUUGGAUUAGUUGAUAUACAAAAUGAAUUGAUUUAUGUGAAACCUCCAUUUUCAGUGAUUAAACUAAUAUCAGGAACGACUAUGUUAAUAUUAUCAGGCCCAUUAACAAGAGAAUCAAUUAAUGAAAUUUCAAAAAUAAAGGUUAAUAUAGAUUUACUAUUCACUUAUAAAUGGCCAAAAGCUAUAGCAGAACUCGAAACAAUUUCACAAGUUUCUGAUGAGUUAGUUGAUUUAGUGGUACAACAAAUUAAACCAAAAUAUCAUUUUGCAGUAGGAACAGAAAAUGGUGUGUUUCUCGAGUUGGAACCUUUUAAAUGGUCAAAUAAUGAAUUUACAAGAUUCAUUAGUUUGGGUCAAGAAGGAAGUGGUGGGAAAUGGUUUUAUGCAUUUAAUUUAAUUAAAGAUGAAGAUAUUGAAGAAUUAAAAUUUAUUGAAAAUCCAUUCACGAUGAAGAAAAGAAAAUUAACUGAUGAUUCCAAACAAGCUAUAACCAAGAAACCUAAAGUUGUUAGUCCUAGUGAAUGCUUUUUCUGUGUGGGUAAUCCAAAAACAGAAACACAUUUAAUUGUAUCAGUUGGAAAACACUCUUAUUUAACGGUUGCAAAAGGUCCAUUAACAAGAUCAAAUCAAGAUUUAUCAUUUUCAGGUCAUGGAAUUAUAAUACCAAUACAACAUAUAUCGAAUAUAACAGAAGAACACGAAGAUAUACGACAAGAAAUUAAUAAAUUUCAAUCCACUAUAUAUCAAUCUUUUGUAAAACAAAAACCAUUCUUGUCGUUAAUCUUUUUUGAAAUUAAUAGAUUCAAUAAUAUUCAUCAUAAUAUUCAAUUUUUACCAAUCCAUGAAUCACAAUUGAAAAAAUUUCAAAAUUCAUUAAAUUUGAAAGCUAAAAUAAACAAUGAAAAAUUUAAGAGAAAUCAGUCGUUGGAAUUUAAGGAAUUCGAUAAUGAAGAUGAUCCAGAGCUACUAAAAUUUAAAAAUUUAGAUUAUAUUAAGUUUACAAUUUAUUCCAAAAACGGGGUAAAAAUUUAUAUAACAAAAUUAUUCAAAGAUAAAUCAUUUGAUUUACAAUUUCCAAGAAGAGUUCUUUGUCAUUUAUUAAAUUUACCUGAUCGUUUAAAAUGGGAAAAUUGUCAACAACCUAAAUAUAAAGAAAUGUCAGAUUGUGAAGAAUUUAAAAAAUUUUAUAAAGAUUAUGAAUUUACUUAA